AUGGAUAUCGGACAUCCUAUAGCAUCGCAUGUCAAGUCAAUAUCAUUCUCGUUUCUCAACUCUCAUGAUAUUCGACGAAUAUCAGUCAAGCAAAUUGUGAACCCGGUGCUGCUUGAUGAUUUGAACCGACCGAACAUCGGAGGUCUGUAUGAUCCAGCGUUGGGACCGAGUGAACGGGGCGAUGUGUGCGGAACAUGUCGUCUCAAUUCGUUCUCAUGUCCUGGACACUUUGGCCAUAUUGAGCUUCCUUCACCUGUCUAUCACCCGCUGUUCAUGACGAAUAUGCUUAAUCUACUACGAGGAGUUUGUAUGUGGUGUCACCAGUUUAAAAUGUCCCAGGGCGAGAAAGCCAAAUAUGAGGCUAAGCUAGUAUUGCUCGAGCGGGGGUUACUAGCUGCUGCUUCCGACGUUGACGAGUUCUCGAUGCGACCGGGUACCAAGAGCGAAGAGGGAGCAGAGCCGGGCGAGACUAUAUCGGAAUUCAGGCGACGUCUGGGCCUGUUUGUUAAGCACCAUCUUAAAGAUGCCCCCACCUCCACCCGGAAUGACUACAAAGACGGACCGGUAUAUCAAGCCCGAAAGGAUGUCAUUCAGUCUUUCUUGAAGGCUGCAGUUGGAUGCAAAAAGUGUGCUCAUUGCGAUGGUUUCGGGUAUACAUACCGCAAGGAUGGACAUACUCGCAUUGUGGAGUAUGAACUUUCGAGGAAACAUAAAACCUUGAUGGAGGUCUUGGGUAAAGUCCGACCCAACGUUCUUCUCCUCGAGCGUCGUGCAUCCCAAUCCUCGAAUCUUUCCUCUGAAUACACCACUUCCAACCGAGACGAGGAUGGAGACAUCGAAAUGGAAGAUAUCGAAGAACCUGAGCCUCUGGGCGAAUCCACACUCGAGGAUGCACCCCGAGAUCCUGGUGAACUCCCGCGCUCAGUCUCUGGAGCAGUUAAAACGAUCCGAGGCCGAAACGAGCGAGUCUUGCCACCCGAGGAAGCCCGCGCACAUCUCCGCCGUCUUUUUGCCCGUGAAGCAAAACUGACGACACUUCUCUACGGCCGUCAUGGUCCGUUUGCGCGUCAGGCCAAGGCGGCCAACGCUGACAUGUUCUUUUUGGAUGUUUUACCGGUUCCGCCGACGAGGUUCAGGCCUCCGGCGAGGAUGGGCGAUAGUGUAUUUGAGCAUCCGCAGAAUGAGUUGUUGACCAAGGUCCUGGUUACUGCGUACCGUCUGAGGGACUUGGAGGCUGCCUUGAGAGAGGCCAAUAAGAAGCCUACCGAGAGGGACGAGGUCGAUGAGCUCGAGGCAGCUCAAGAAGGACACCGACAAAAGCUGUUUGGGCAAUUGCUCGAGGCUCUAAUCCAGCUCCAAAUAGACGUCAACUCGUUUAUGGACAGCUCUAAGAACCCAGCGCCCGUCCGACAAGGGAAACUCCCAACUGCAGGUGUGAAGCAAGGGCUUGAAAAGAAGGAGGGUUUGUUCAGAAAGCACAUGAUGGGUAAACGAGUCAACUAUGCUGCCCGUUCCGUCAUUUCUCCCGACGUCAAUAUCGAGACUAACGAAAUCGGUAUUCCGCCUGUUUUCGCUCGCAAGCUCACCUUUCCCGAACCUGUCACAUCGCACAACGUCAAAGAGUUACGGCAAGCAGUGAUAAAUGGUACUGCGGUCUACCCGGGUGCUAGUAUUGUACAGAACGAAGAUGGUGGAUUGAUUUAUUUGGACAAAAUGGAACCCGACGCUCGUGCCGCUCUGGCCGCUCGACUCCUUACGCCUCAAGAAGGCCCAGCGCCAAACGAUCUUACCCAUAGGGAUGCACGAGGAAAGACUGUAUAUCGACAUCUGAAGGACGGUGACAUCUUGAUCUUGAAUCGUCAACCUACGCUGCAUAAGCCCAGUAUGAUGGCUCACCGCGCAAAAGUACUCAAGGGCGAAAAAACGAUCCGCAUGCAUUAUGCUAACUGCAAUUCGUAUAAUGCUGACUUUGAUGGAGACGAGAUGAAUAUUCAUUUCGCACAAAACCAUGUUGCCCGGUCUGAAGCUAUACAUAUCGCCAAUACCGAUAACCAAUACCUCGCUGCGACAUCCGGCGACCCGUUACGCGGUCUGAUCCAGGAUCAUGUUGUUGCUGGUGUAUGGAUGACCAACAAGUCGACAAUGUUUAGUCGAGAAGAGUACUAUCAGUUAUUGUACGGCGCUCUGCGUCCCGAGAACGACUACUCUGGUCAAGGAAGGGUCAAGACGCUGCCUCCGGCGAUAUGGAAACCAAAACCGUUGUGGACCGGGAAACAGAUUAUUUCGACUCUAUUAUUAAAUAUCACACCUCCGAAUGCGGGCGGCCUAACUCUUAUAUCCAAGGGCAAGGUCGGAAACGAACAUUGGGGUCCUCACUCGAAGGAAGAGACCGUUCUCUUCUACGACGGUGAAUUAUUAUGCGGUGUGCUCGAUAAAUCUCAAUUCGGCGCAUCCUCAUACGGUCUGGUCCACUCGGUCUAUGAACUCUACGGUGCCGAAACAGCUGGCCGCCUUUUGAGCAUCCUGAGUCGGCUCUUUACCAAAUUCCUUCAACAUCGUGCAUUUACUUGCCGUAUGGACGAUUUGGCUCUAACUCCGGAAGGAGAUGCUCGUCGUUCCAAGAUCCUGCGAGACGCUCAGACAUUCGGAUAUGAAGCAGCUGUCGAGAAUUUCCCGUCUCUAGAUGGCGCUUCCCCCGAAGAAUGUGCUCGACGACUCCCAAUUCUCCUCGAAGAAGUGCUUCGAGACGAUGCCAAGAUGGCCAACCUAGAUCUCACCGUGAAGAAAAAGAUGACGGCUGUAACCGAAUCGGUCACCAAGACAUGCAUGCCUCACGGUCUACUCCGUAAAUUCCCUGACAAUCACAUGCAAACGAUGACCAUGUCUGGUGCUAAAGGCUCCGCCGUCAAUGCUCGUCAAAUCUCGUGUGGACUGGGUCAGCAAGAACUUGAAGGCCGGCGUGUACCUACCAUGGUGAGCGGCAAGACACUGCCUUCUUUCAAGCCCUUUGAGACGGCUGCUAUUGCCGGAGGAUACAUCGCCAGCCGUUUCUUGACCGGAAUUCGACCGCAAGAGUUUUAUUUCCACUGUAUGGCCGGACGAGAAGGUUUGAUCGAUACGGCCGUCAAGACGAGUCGAUCGGGGUACCUCCAACGUUGUUUGAUCAAACAUCUCGAGGGCCUAAAAGUUCAUUACGACGGGACGGUUCGAGGAUCGGAUUCGGCGGUCCUUCAGUUUGCGUAUGGAGGCGACGGGUUGGACGUGACUCGUCAAAAGCACUUGCUCGCUUUUGGCAGCGAGAAGAAGAAACUCCAGGACCAGUUGUUCGAGUUUGCGCUCCGGAACGAACGGGCUCUUCGUGCGAGAUUGAAUGUACUCGAUAUUGUCGGGUUAUUAGAUGAACAUACUGCUGUAGAGCAUAUGCAGAAGGCGUUGAAGAAGCCGCAUAAAUACCCUCCGACCAUGUCGAUAUACCCGUCCACGAUGUACAUCGGAUCGACAAGCGAAGCGUAUGCAUCGGUUCUCGACGCAUACAUCAAAGAAAAUCCACAUCAGCUAAUCCUAGCCAAAUCCAAAAAGAAAGACGGAGAACCAAAAGUCCCGAAGCUUCAAAGCCACUAUAAGCAAAUGCCUGGCGCAAUGUUCAAGCUGCUCAUGAACGUCCGAUAUCUGAGGAGUUUGGCCGAGCCUGGAGAGGCGGUUGGGUUGUUGGCUAGUCAAGGGUGCGUGACUGGGAUUGCAUUUGGAUUGGAUGCUCGUUUCGGCUAUGGUUAUGCCUCCAGCCACAGGUCUCGUGUUGGAGAACCCUCGACUCAGAUGACGCUCAACACUUUCCACUUUGCAGGACACGGUGCCGCCAAUGUCACACUUGGUAUCCCACGACUUCGAGAAAUCGUCAUGACCGCAUCUACCAAACCAAAAACACCGACAAUGACUCUCCCUCUUCUCACCUUGUCUUCCACCAUCCGCCCCCCGUCCGCCGAGCAAGUCACGUUGUUCACAAAACACGCAUCUCGUCUCACACUGGCCGCCGUCACCUCCCAUAUCACCGUACGCGAGUCACUCAGUAAUGCUCGUCGAACAUAUGCCGUACAGGUCACAUUUUAUCCGGCCGAUGAAUGCGAAGCUGCGUAUGGUGUCUCGCGGCCGGCUGUUGCUCGUGCAAUUGGAGGCCGGUUCGCCCUCGUGCUACGCAAAGAAGUGAUUACUGCGAUCAAAAAGGCCGUUGGAGAAGUCAAGGACCAGGUUGGAGGCGUCGGAAAAGGCCGAGCUGUGCGUGACGCGUUGGAUGGUGCAGGUGGGGUAGGUGCGGAUGAUGAUGCCGAUAUCCCCGAAGGUGAGAUGGGAACGAACCAUAGGGACGACGUAUCCGAGGUCGGAGACGGCGACGCGGACGAGAUGAAACGGAAAUCAAGGACACAAGAAGCCGCGACAUAUUCCGACGACGAGAGCGAAGAAGAGAGUGAUGCCGAGCCCGAUAUUGACGCUGAUGAGAUCGAGGCGGCCGUGGAUGCUGAUGGCGAUGACGACGACCUUGAGAUUGACUUGAAGCCAGGGAAGAAGUCUGACUCUAAAAAGUCAAAGAGCAAGAAAAAGGGAACAGACGAAUGGGAGGUUUCUCCCACCUUGGCUCAAGACUUUGUGGACACGACCAAGUUUGGUGGAAGCCUCGAGUUUGCUAAGGAUGCGUGCACGUUUGAUAUGGAGUUCUCCUCAUCCACACCCAAACUCCUCCUCGUUGGUAUCCUCGAGCAAUGCAUGCACAAGACCGUCAUUCACGAGAUUCCAAACAUUACGUCCGUCCACGAGGUAAAAGAACCAGAUCCAAAACACCCCGGCCAAUUCAGGACCAAGCAUCUCGAGACGACGGGAACCAACUUCUCAGGAAUCUGGGCCGCUGCUUCCGAUGUUGUCGACCUAGACAAUAUUACAAGCAACGAUAUUCAUGCGAUCCUGUGUGCGUAUGGAGUGGAGAUGGCUCGUACGGCUAUUCUCAAGGAAAUCGAGAGUGUGUUCUCAGUGUACAAAAUUGCAGUCGAUUUCAGGCAUUUGACACUGAUUGCCGAUUACAUGACCUUUGACGGAGGAUACAAGCCAUUCAACCGACGAGGAAUAUCAACACACAGUUCUACCCUCCUCAAGGCUUCUUACGAAACGACGGCUGCCUUCUUAUCAGACGCGACCCUUCACGGAGACUUUGAUGAUCUUACCAGCCCAUCUGGGAACAUUGUCCUUGGACGGCCGAUUCAGACCGGAACUGGGAUCUUUAGCAUCGGUGUGCCUAUGGCAUAA